GUAAGGUCUGUGAGGGGGCCCGUUUGGUGAGUAGCUGGCCCUUCCCCAGGGCCGCUGCAGGUUCCCCAGCCUUCCCUGCCCGGGCCCUGGGGGAGGGGUCCGGAGGACCGGCUCUGCAGUUCUGCGGGUCCCUGUGGCUCCUCCCGGUGGGGCAAACGCAGCAGCAAGUUUCUGCCACACCACGGCCCGCACCUGCUGCAUUUCCGCGCCAAGCCAAAGCUGUGGAUGGGGAAGAGGGAGGUGGGGAGGCAGGCCUGGAGGAGGGGGCGAGCCGGCGCAGGGGGGCCAGCAGUGGGUCUACAGAUUCUGUCUGGCAGCAUCGUAAUGAUAGCAACACCUGUCCCUCGGGCCGGGGAUAACUGCUAUCGAUUGUUUGCUCCUUGCCUACUUCAUUAUGUUGGCAGGAGCCCCUCCUGACCGCUCCUCAACUUCUGCGCCCUGCGUCCGGCCCCGGCAGCACCCAGCUGAGCUCUCCACGAGGUUCUGGCUCCAGACCCAAGCUCUGCCGUCCUCGAGUCCUGCAUGCCCCUGACCAGGCCCCCCACCGCCCCUCCAGCCUAGCUCAGCCCUGGGGCUCACCUCCAGGACCUGGAACCUGCCCUCCUGCCCAGAAUGACUCACCAUUAUUUCCAGCUCAAGUGUGAAGACAUGAUGGGGAGUCCGGCUGCCUGUCUGUGUAUCUAGGAGUCCGUCAGCAUUUGAUCAGCUCUGCAAGGAAGAGAACUUCAGAUCCCUGCCUUGCCAGCCGAGCGAGGCUAUCUCUCCGGCUCUCAGGGAGCCCUUGGGGCUCUCCCGCAGGAGCCCAGGCCCAUGCUCCUGAGUUUCCUGGAGCCGUCAGCAGCACCCUGAGCUCCCUGCUGCCAGGCAGCUGGAAGGCAUAGCGUGAGGCACCUCUCCUAGUCCCAAUUAUGACAGUGGCCACCGGAGACCCAGCAGACGAGGCUGCUGCCCUCCCCGGGCACCCACAGGACACCUAUGACCCAGAGGCUGACCACGAGUGCUGUGAGCGGGUGGUGAUCAACAUCUCGGGGCUACGGUUUGAGACCCAGCUAAAGACUUUAGCCCAGUUUCCAGAGACCCUCUUAGGGGACCCAAAGAAGCGGAUGAGGUACUUCGACCCCCUUCGAAAUGAGUACUUUUUUGAUCGGAACCGGCCGAGCUUUGAUGCCAUCUUGUACUAUUAUCAGUCCGGGGGCCGGCUGAGGCGGCCUGUGAACGUGCCCUUAGAUAUAUUCUCUGAAGAAAUUCGGUUUUACGAGCUGGGGGAAGAAGCGAUGGAGAUGUUUCGGGAAGACGAAGGCUACAUCAAAGAGGAAGAGCGGCCUCUGCCCGAAAACGAGUUUCAGAGACAGGUGUGGCUUCUCUUUGAAUACCCAGAGAGCUCAGGGCCUGCCAGGAUUAUCGCUAUAGUAUCUGUCAUGGUGAUCUUGAUCUCCAUCGUCAGCUUCUGCCUGGAGACGUUGCCCAUAUUCCGGGACGAGAAUGAAGACAUGCAUGGUGGUGGAGUGACCUUCCACACCUAUUCCAACAGCACCAUCGGGUACCAGCAGUCGACUUCCUUCACUGACCCUUUCUUCAUUGUAGAGACCCUCUGCAUCAUCUGGUUCUCCUUCGAGUUCCUGGUGAGGUUCUUUGCCUGUCCCAGCAAAGCCGGCUUCUUCACCAACAUCAUGAACAUCAUUGACAUCGUGGCCAUCAUCCCCUACUUCAUCACCCUGGGCACGGAGCUGGCCGAGAAGCCAGAGGAUGCCCAGCAGGGCCAGCAGGCCAUGUCCUUGGCCAUCCUCCGUGUCAUCCGGUUGGUAAGAGUCUUUAGGAUUUUCAAGUUGUCCAGACACUCCAAAGGUCUCCAGAUCCUAGGUCAGACCCUCAAAGCCAGCAUGAGGGAAUUGGGCCUUCUGAUAUUCUUCCUCUUCAUUGGGGUCAUCCUUUUCUCUAGUGCUGUCUAUUUCGCCGAGGCCGAUGAACGAGAUUCCCAGUUCCCCAGCAUCCCGGAUGCCUUCUGGUGGGCAGUCGUCUCCAUGACAACUGUAGGCUACGGAGACAUGGUUCCGACUACCAUUGGGGGAAAGAUCGUGGGUUCCCUAUGUGCAAUUGCAGGUGUGUUAACCAUUGCCUUACCGGUGCCCGUCAUAGUGUCCAAUUUCAACUACUUCUACCACCGGGAGACAGAGGGAGAGGAGCAGGCCCAGUACUUGCAAGUGACAAGCUGCCCAAAGAUCCCAUCCUCCCCUGACCUAAAGAAAAGUAGAAGUGCCUCUACCAUUAGUAAGUCUGAUUACAUGGAGAUCCAGGAGGGGGUGAACAACAGUCACGAGGACUUUAGAGAGGAGAACUUGAAAACAGCCAACUGCACUUUGGCUAAUACAAACUAUGUGAAUAUUACCAAAAUGUUAACCGAUGUCUGAUUGAAACUUACUAACAUACAGCUCACCGGAACUAAUGCAGACAUUGCGUAAUAGCCUGCAUUGUAGUCAGUGUGUUCUACAGUGUGUUUCUGGUUCUGCAUGGAAAGCAAUAGUCGUGCAAGUGACUUUCGAUCUUUUGAUUUUUGAUUUAGAACACAGAAUACGUAUCCAUGGCUUUCAUGCGAAUCUUCAUCCCUGGCUUAGGGAUUUCCAAAGAUGGGAGUCACCUAUGGAGCCAGGAUUUUGAGGCCACCUCGUAGCACAUACAUAACCCACCGUAUCAGUGCCACCUUUCCUUCCUAAGUAAAUGCACACAGCACCCCCCACCACCACCACCACCACCCAUCUGAGUCCACCUUCCUCUUCACAGAGGAAAACCAAGGUGGCUUAGCUUGAAAAUGCUGGUAAUUAUUUGAAAAGGUCAUUCCCAUUUUUGCAUUGGAAAGAACACACCACCCUGUGUGUUGGAAUUCCUUUCUGUGUCACAGGCUGGGGUUUGCAUUCGAAUUGUAGUUGCCAAGUAGCUGCUUGGGAGGCUUGUGUGUUUCAUAACGGAAAAUGCUGCAUUUGGGUUUUUUCUCUGCAGUGUCGAUGUGAGGGAAGCCCGGGGGAGGGACAGUUAGUAUGACCGAAUGUGAGUUGUCAAGUUUCACAUUUGCUCCCUUAGGCCUAUGGGGAGAAGCUAACAAACCAAGGGACCUCUCAGCUUCAAAUUUCACCAUUUUUGCAGGCUUCGGGGUCACAAAAACACAUCUGACUUCUUUGUUACACUGGAGUUUGCAGACGUCUGCUUUCCUAGUGCUGUGGUCCAGCUACACUGACACUGCAGUGAAAUCUUCCAGUGAUGCAAUAGAGCUGCAUGGGUGUUUGUUGCAUGAAUCUCAAUAUUUAAAACAGGAGAUAACCUAUUUUCUUAGUAGCCUACACAGUAUUCAUAUUUAGAGUAUUAAUAGCCUAGAAAUGGCGUUGAACUAAGGGUUUCUUCCCCUACCUAAAGACAGAAGCCCUCAAUCAGGAGGAAAAAAAAAUAGACUAUUUGGAAUGGGGACCCAAAACUUCUGGCCCUCCAGCCCACCCCAUCCCUGUUCUUCCAAAUGGGGGCACAGACCUCUGCAAAUCCAGGAGAGUGAGCAGGGAAGGCAGCGUCUAAACACCUCACAAUGACCGUACGUUAGGAAUUAACCGAGCCGUGGGUGUGACUGUACAGCUGACCAGGGCAUCUGGUCCCGAGGAAGGUGGAUCUGUGGAUCCAGUGUAUAUAAACAUAUCCCGGGUAUCUCCUUCAUGAGUUCCUCUACCUAGCUAGCUAUGGGGGGGAAACAAUUGCAUUUGAACCUUGUAUAAGCUUAUGCAAUAUUUUUGACACAGGGCAAUUUAUGCAUGUGUUUGACUAUGUGCACUAUAGUGUAUGUAUAUGUACACAUACACAUGCCUGUGUGUGUGUAUGUUUAUAUGCACACACACACUCACAAAUCUAUUCAUUUUCUGGAGUUCAGGUUCAGGCAAAUCCACUGCUUGGUGGGUUGGUUAUCCAAGAGGCCUAAUGGGUUUCUCGAGCUCAUUGGAACCUCGCUGGGCCUGGGUUUGCUCCCCUUGCCUCAGACACUCCAGUCUCCGUGGAUUCUUAGACGUUAGAAUUCUCUUUCUGCCCUCCAUGUGCUGCGGCUUCAGUUCCCCAUGGCUGAAGCUUGUCUUACUGAGUGCCCACGGGCCACGGCCCUCACGGCUCCAGCUGUCCUGGGCCAGCCCCAGCCCAGGCGUCUUCUCUACGGUCUCUCAUGUGAACCAUCUCCAUUUUCAUCUUUCCCCACCCAUUUGGUUUUUACUGUCAUUUAGCUAUGCAUCAGUCAUUUUCGUGAACCUUUCCCUAAAGGGCCAGAGCAGAUCGUCUGCUUUGAAACCAAGGACGCCAGGAAGAAGGCUUCUGGGGACCCCAUUCCACAGGUCUGGACUUAAAGGGAGCCACUUCCAUGUGGAAACUUCUAAAGUCCAGGACCAAAGGGUGGAAUCCUUAGACGACCCACAGGCAUCAUUUUGAUUGACCAGCUCAAACUCUCUCCCCUUUAAACUGGCCACCAGAGCUGCUUCAACAAACCAAAGGAUGGGUAGCGAAUUGGUCCCCAGCCCCAAAACAGGUUGAGAGUAAAUGAGCACUUGCACAGCCUACAGGUCAGGUGCAGGCGCACCGGGGAAUGGGGUGAGGUGGGGAGGUGUUGCCUCACAGCCUGGGCUGCUUUGCCUUUCAACAGCAUAGCUGAAAUUUCCCAAACACAGUGAAUUGGGUGCGGGGGCUGCCCAAUCGUGACUCCAGCCCUAACCUCACUGUUGGCUGUUUAGCACCUACAGUUACCUUGGGGGUGGGGCACCAGCUAAGGGUGCUAGGCCCAGGGUGCUCGUUAGUUCCUGUUUACCCACAUCCCCAGGUGUCUGCAGGGAUCCCAGGCCCAGCAGGAAGUCUCUGUGCUCCUCUUCCUCUCCUUCACAGGAGGUGGUGCUGAAUUUCCAUGACAUGGGGUGGGAGGGACCUAGACCUUGGAAAAAGAGAUGGUAAAACCACCCAUACCUAAGGCCGAGGUCAGGGGGUACGUCUUUUAUCCCUGUGUCCUUGACCUGGGACUACAAAAUGUUCACACACAGGCACACAUGCAUGCACAACCACCACAAAAGAGAUAGAUACACUGUUGGAAUACACAAAGUCAAAACGUGCAGCGCACACGCAAAAUGCACAGAGACCAAAUUAACCAAAAGGGCAUACACAGAAGAUACAUGGUUAUACCCACAUUCAAAAGACGCACAUCCAGCACAGACAUAGAGUGUGCUUACUAAUGUAGGACACACACACAAGACCUACACACACCAUGUAUGUAGAUACCACCUGCGACUCAAAUGCAAAAUACACAAAAUUACAUGAACACAAGGAGUCGGCAUGCAAAGUAUAUGAAGGAUACUUUACGAUUGUUUCUGCACACAAAAUACAACCAACUCAGUUUAUACACACAAUGCACUUACUCAUACAAAGCACACAAAAUACAGCACACACACGCAAGAACACACGCCCACAAUACAUACGAAAUGUGCACCUACGCAGAUGCGUUGCUCUACCCCCAGAGCUAUAAAUUAAUAGGCAUAAACAAAAGAUCAGAUUUAAUCACCGCUCCCUACCUUGCAUCUCUGCCCCUCAGUAUCCUCAAGAAGCCUUUUCCUCUAGUCUCUUCUCUCCCUCUCAUUCCAGAUUUCACAGAAGUAACCUCCAAGGGUUAGAGCAGAAGGAUGGGCCACCAUUGUCAACCAGAUCUCUGAUUAAAACUGGAAACCUCCUGGGGGUUUCUGCCUAGUCACCUUCCUCCCACGAGAAACCUGGGUGCAGAGUGUGGAAGGACCUGGGACAGCUGGCGGGUUAUUAAUACACACCUGGCUAUACCCUUUCCUUCGGAGCCAGUCCACACAGGGAACCCCAUAGCCCAAGCUCUCCUGCUCCCAGCCCCUGAGAUCUCUGUGUUCAGACCCAUUCAUUCUGUUCAAAGCAGUGAUGACUCGACGCUGCAAGGAUCAGAACCGAAGUGAGGAUGCCCCCAACAUUCUCUCAGUCCACAGCCCUCACUGUCCCUUCAUCCCCAGUGGGUCUGAACGUGGAGACCGCAUAUAGGUUUAUCUCAAAAUGAGCCACUUUACUUGCUUGUGGCAUCUCAUUUGCUCGUGGGCAUGAGCCCAACAGGGUCAACUGCCGAGUCCCCUCUCUGGGUGUUCAAUGCCAGGCAUGCUCCUGCCCCUCUCCGGCGCUCCAUCUGGCUGCCCCGUCUCCCAUCCAACUGCUGCGCCUUGAGGAAACACACACCAAUUGAGCUUAAGCGAAACAGGACCGAGGGCCUGAACCUCAUGCUGCACAAGCAAAUAACAAUGUUUGAAGGGCCUGAUUUGUAUCCUAUGUUCUGAGGUCCGAUUUAAAUGCUUUGUAAGAUUAUCCAUUGUUUUGGCUGAUCUACAGAGCAGGUUCUUCCCGCUAGAAGGACUAGCUGAGAGCUAGGUACAUUUUGGCAAAGGCUUCCCCUCACGUCGAAGUUGGGGGUUCAAGUCCGGUGUCAGAUCAGGCAUCGCGGUCUCCUGCGGCCAUCCCAGGUGUGUCCCAUGCUUCCCUCCUAGUGAUGGUCACAGCUCCUGACCUCCAUGGAGGAAGCAACAUCAGGGAAUGGACAGGUGGGUCCAAAUUCACACAUUUAGUGCAACGUGCUGCCCUUUCAAGCUUUUCCAAGUCAAGAUAGCGAUUUUCCCUUUGGUUUCAGCAGAUGCCUCUGUGUGCUCAACCUUUCAAGGAAGUUGGAGUCUUCAGGAGGCUGAAGAGAAAGGUCCAGGAAAGACGGAGAGGUUGUCAGGAAGAGAGGGUAACUGAGCUGGUCAAAUUUCAGAGUAAACUUUUCAGGAGCCUAAAUUUAAUUAAGGACAUAAUUAAGGCUCAGUGCUUCCUGAAGCUUCUUCCUCUCUGCAUCCUUCUGUCCCUCUCAACUGGGCAUCUGAGGAUGGAGUAGGCAUGUCACCAGCAGGUGAGCCUUUUAAAAGGGGUCCCACGGGAGUGUGCCUCCAGACCCCAUUGGCCUGGUGUGGAAAUGGCUCCCAUGAAAGCUUUGUUGGCCUGGGCCCCCAGCCUGGGUGCUCACGUGUCUGCCCCAAGUGGGGAGGGCUGUAGGACUUGCUUGUCUUACCUGCUCUUUCUGGAUCUCUCGCUCCAUUGUCGUGAGGUCUGUGGCCAACUGACUUCCUCAUGGUCAGCCCUAAAAUAUCAGUGCCAACCCCUGUUGAGAAAGGGCAGUGCCCUAUGAAGAUUCUUAGACUGAAGAUUCAGCGCUCCCCACAGUAGUAGAGAAGAGAGGUGGAGUCUGACUUUCCCCAAAGGACAGUAUGCAAAUUGCCUGAGAAGGUGGCACCAUACCCACCAGGGCAGACAGGAGGAGCACAGUGCUUUGAAUUGUUGACCCAGGAGUGGGGGUUGGGAGCCCUGCUCCAGUUCCAGCCUCCCUGGGGCCCAGGGCCAUGAGCCUUCAUCUGGGUGAUGGCUGCCUGGUCGGACAGGGCUGGUCCACAUAGGCUGUCAUGUGGAGGGUGCUCCUUGGGGACACAAUGGAGCUUCCCCCAGCCUUGGCAGGGUCCGUCGCCAGGUUUGAACGCCUGGCCUUAACGUCACUAACAUCAUUAGACAUCUGAGCCAACUGGCAGGGUGCCGGAUGCAGGCAGGUGUCUACUGGCUAUUAGGACCAUCAUCUAUAUCCUCAGACUGGGCCCUUGUUGAGAGACCAGCCCUGUUCCCCCAUCAAAGCAGGACGCAGGGACAGGUGGAGGGGGUAGGUCCCCUACACGCGGAGAUGGGUCUCUCCCUGAACCUAAUCUCAUUCACUUUUCCCUUCUUUUUGCUUUCCUUCCCACCAAAGCUCAGCUCCAUCUCUCAUAGUUUGUGUUUAAAUAUUUUUAAAGAGGAAAAGUGCAAUAAAAUAAAUAGUGACUGUUUUCUUUAGCAAUAGCUAUUUCAAAAUCUUGUUCUCAGGACCGAAAAGUGAUAGUACCUGGAUUAUCAGAUAAUGCCCUUGGUUGCUGGGCAUUGUUAGUUCACUGUCUCCGUUGUUCCCUCUUCUUCCCACGAGUUCACGUGACUCCUGUCCUGAGGCCCUAGUCCUCCUUCUGGAAUGUAAACAUAUGCAGAGGUGCAAUGUAUGCACAAAGAAGGUCCGUGAGGAGGCUUGCUUUGUCCCUCUGUCUCCUUCCCGUGUGUGUCUCUCUCUGUUUGUAAGUGCAUCUCCGUCCCUCUCUUUCUGUCUGCUCUCCCACAGCAUUCUCACAACCUCUAGGCACUGAAACCUUGAGUUUGAGUGACCUCACGCACCAGCCCAUCCCAUUGACUUUCAUUCAAUCAGGCAGGGUGUAAUGGAAGCCUGCAGGAAAGCGCUUACCAAUAGAUAAGAAUAAAGCAUCCUGAGCCAUUACAGUAGAUCAUUUCCAUGCACUAAAAGCCAUUACUUGAUCUAUUUGUUUCCUUUCCUCCCCAGGGAAAUGGCUGCUGGGGGAAUGCAGCCUGGACGGUUGCACCUGGGAUCGGUAGCGUGGGCAGAUUUGGGGAAUUGCCCUCUGGCUGUUCUUCAAAAUAGGCUGACUUGCUUAACCAAAGGGACUCCAACUAUGGAGGGAAACAAGGUAUUGUGGGUAGAGGUCUACAGGGAUGGAAAUUUGGGUGGUUAAGACACGACAUUAGUGACAGAAAGACCCCACCACCCAGUACAGUGUGCAGUUGCACAAAUAUAUGCACACGUAACCAGGGGGUUCAGAAGAGUCCCCUUUCCUGAACAAAAAAUCUGUGAGGUUCAAUAUUCAGACUGGACGAUCAGGGAGGCUGGCACCCCCGGGGUCCCAUUCAAUCCUUUUCAAUCUACCUUGCUCUGUAUACGCGUGUACAGCAAAACCUCAGUGAGCUGGUGGGGAAAUGCUCAGGAAAGGGAACUUCCUGCUUGCUUUGUCGUUCUGAUUAUUUGAGUGAGAAUGGGAAACAUGUUUUGGUUCAACCUUUGUUAUUGAAAAAAAAAAAUGACAUUUCCUAAGUAGGUUAGUAUAAACUUGCCUGCCUUAGUAAGUCAAGUGUUUGCAGAGGACAGAAGGCCUUGCAUUGCUCAGGGUUGCCAUUCUGAGCCUCAGGGUUCACUGUCCAGAAGUGUAAACGGAGAAGACCAAAGAGAUAGGCUGAAUGUAUGCUGGCUGCCAGACACCAGGAAGCUGGCCAUCUGGGCACAUCUGGCUCAUCAGAUAAUGCCCUCGCUGUCAUUUGCCUCUUUCUACUGAAAGUAUAGUAAGAAAACAUAAUUCUCGUGCAUCGAGGUUUUGGUUAAUAGGUCCUGAGUUCGCAGAGGUUUUUCAUAUAUACAUAUGUCUGUGUAAAUAGAUGUAUAGUAUAUGUAUAUAUGUAUACCACUGUUUCAAAAAUCAGACAAUUAUACAGUGACUGAUCCCCUAAAUUUGGCAAUCCAAGAAAUAAACUGAAUUUGUUUGAAUUUUCAAAAUGACCUUCCUUUGCAUUCUUACCACCUCUCCAGUUCAGCUCUUUUCCUUCUAUGUAGGGACCUCUCUAGGAGAUGGUUCUUUCAUAACAAAAGAUCAAGUUCCAGGAUCUUUCCCUUCCCUCCCCGGUGGCUGCCUGACUCAGGGAUAAAAGGGAAGUCUGAUCUAAGGGCCAGGUGCUUAAUCCUUAUUCUGUCUGCUCUGGUUGGCUGUAACCUCAUCACUGAGGACCAGAAAAGUUAUUCCAAACUUUAUAGCUCUGGGGGAGUGGAAAGCUGGAAGACCUGGCAAAGGACUGAUCUGUUUAGCUUUCUCUUUGUCAUUUUGUUUUGUUUUGUUUUUGGUGGUGCCCUAGGCUUGAAUUUUGUGAGAUCCGAAAGUAACGUUUGUUUUCUAACGCAUGUGUCUGUGCCAUGGAAGGUGAGAUGUGUGGCGACCGGUGAAACUAACAAACCCAUCUUGUUGUUGAUUCUGACCAAAUCUAGGUUGUGGAUGUGGGCAGUAGAGCAGCUAUAAUUUAGUUGCCUCUUUGGAGAAACAGCUGGGUCUGAGUGGAAUCAUACUCUUCUUCUCCAUUUUGCCUGGCAGUGUCUUAGACCCAUGGGAGAUCGUUUCAAGCUCACUUCCUGCCGUUCACUGUGUACCGGGACAGGGGUGGGAGGGAUUCCUCACUGGUAUCUGGGGAGAUGGAGGUAGUGCCGGGGGGUCUGCCAUCUCCAACACCCCAGCAGCCCUCCAAUCUAGUCAAGCUGGUAGUGGUCAGAUAGGAGAAGCCCAUUCAUCAGAUUGAGCACGACCAGCUGGUAAACUGGGGCAGUUGGAGCAGCCUGUCUGGAUGGCUAUUUCUACACUAUAUGAACCUCGGCGUAGAAACAGAUGUGACUUUCUCUGCUCCCCUGCACUCCUAAAAUAGAUAUAUUCCAGAUGAGUUUGCAGCUGAGAAGUCCUGCAUCAUUCCACUGAUGGAUGCACAGAGCAGGUGUGAUUACAUAACAGUGUGGACAGCUGCUGCAACAUCCACAUAUGGGGGGGCAGGCAGUGGAGACUUGGCUCUGUGCUAGGACCUUAGGUAGCUACCCAAAGGACUCAGUCCUGUGUCUCUUCUCGGCUCUCAUGACAGGUCUCUAAGCCCUGCUUCUCCUGGAAAACAAUUCCCUAGACACUGACUGCCUUAUUUGUCUGAGCGCAUAAACGCUCUGGGCUGCAAGAGAAAGCAAGGGGAACGGCUAGGAGGCAGAGACUAUAUAGAGGCUGACUUCGCUACCAAACAAUUGCCAUGUCAACUGGUGACAUGACUGCCUUUUUAGUUUGUAAAGUGCAGGCCAAGGACAGUGACCUGCCAGGUAGGGCUGGGACAGAGCAAGCAGCCACGGGCUAAGAAGGGGGAGACGGAAGCAGGAAGAGCGGCCUAGCUGGCUCUGGCGAGGGUGAGCAUCCGCUCCGGAGGGUCUGAGUGUGCUCUGUGCUUGCCCCACUUCUGCCUUCACGUGGGAUCCAGCGACCCAGUUUCCUUUUGUUGUCGUGCUUGGAUGAUUCCUUCAUUUGGAGGGCCCCAGGAAGCUGGAAAGCCCCAUGAUUGAGCUCCAGCCUGCUGAGCAAACAAUGCCCCAGCCAAACUGGCCUCGGCCUGGGGUUCUGCAUCCCUGCACCCCUUUUCUCCACCAAGGGCAAUCUUGGAAUAGUCGGUGCCAGCAAUUAAGGAGGAUUGUCUAGUUCCCACCAGGGACCCAACUGUAAGGCUCAUGAGUGCAGGAUGCUAUUUCCUUUUGUAGACCUGUGUCCUUAUGUGCUUAUAGAGGCUGUCUCUGGAGGUUUUAUGUAUUAUGCACACACAUAUAUAUAGGAAAUGUGGAAAUGGCCGUUCAUGUAGGCUCAUGCAGCACAGACGCUAAUUAGGGUUGCACUGGCUUCCCUGCCUCUCAUGUAUGACUCCUCAGCUGCCCUCCCAUGUCCUGUCUCUAAUAAUUGCUGAAAACUCAAAGAGCACAGGCAGAUAAAUAAACCUCCGUGGGAUCAAUAGACGAAGGAACUCCAAAGCUAAUGAUAAAGCUUCGUAAGGAUGAUGUGGAAAGGGAACGGGGGUCUCCAUGGUGAUAAGAGGCUGGGGACCAAUGGGAGCGGAAGGCGGAGCAGGACUUGUGGGAAGACUCAUGGGAGUUGGGAGUCAUUUAACUAUUUGUUUGCUUCAUGAAAAUUUAGACACCAGCUGUAACUGCAUUGCACAGGAUGUAUAGAUAUUAUCAUUCUUGCUGACAUAUUCUGGAAGCUUUCAGCCCCACCAACACUGCCCCGCCCAGGACUUCUGCAGCUGAGAGUUCCCGUGUCAGUAGGGUCUGAUAUGUGUACAUAGGUUAUACAUAUAUGUGUACAUACGUGCCUCAAUGAACAUUGCCUGUCCACCUGAUCAUGGGUGUACAUAGGCUUCAUAGAGCUCCGCAGUCUUUUGUAAAUAUCAACACAAGUACAUAAGUGUAUAAAUAUAUAUUACUGAGGAUUUAUUUUAACAUCAUUCUGUGUGAAAUGAAAAACAAUAAAAUAAAAUUUUUGA